AAACCAAACACAACCAUUGCGUCAUUUUACUGAGCUUUUUGUUUUCUACAUGAUUUCUUUGAGUGUAAUCUUGCUUUGGGUAGCAACAGCUAUCUUAUGUACGACCAUCCUUGUAUUCACCGGCUUUGUUAUCUACUUGUACUAUUUACACGGAAAAUACGACCAUUUGCCCGGACCAAAGAGAGAUGACUUCUUCAGAGGCAACAUGAAAUUAGUAUACGAGAAAAGAACGAAAUCCAAGUUAACAAUCCACCAGAUUUGGGCCGAACUUGCGCACCAUUAUUCCCCGAUGUUCGUAUUCUGGUUUUUCCAUCGUCCGGUUGUCAUGAUCACAGACGCUGAACUCGUGAAGGAAGUGCUGAUUACGAAGAAUCUACCCCGAGAUGAGUUCGGCUACAGUCAUUUUUCCUCGCUGUUUGGUCAGAGGAUGCUUGGCCGAGGACUUCUUUCCGAGGUUUCUGAGGAAGAAUGGCAUUGGAAGAGAACCACCUUGGAUCCGGGUUUUCAUCGACCGAAUUUGAUGAGUUUAAUGGACAGUUUUACAACCAUUUGCGAUUCGUUCUUACAGAGGCUGGAAACGCUUGCGGAUGGAAAGACGGAGGUUUCCAUGGCUGAAGAACUCGUGAGGAUAAACCUGGAUAUGGUAGCUAAGAUUAGCGAUAUCAACUAACCUUCACAAAAUGAUAGCAGAAUACAGUCAGAGCAUCCAGAUUACUGCCAACCUGAAAAAAAGAAAGUUCGGGAUUUUUAGUUCUACAACAGGGAAGGGAUGUAAGAUCAGAACUGCACUGUUUUCUUUGUUAUCUUAAUGGAAUGCUUUUAAUCAUAUUUCUACCGUUAAAACAUCAGCAAAGUUUUAAGUUUAUUUAUGAAACUAUUGUAGCCUUUUUGCAUGCCCCCUCCCCUCCAGCGAAGCUCAUCCAGCUUGGGUAGUUCAACUGAAAGCAAGUCAGAGCAGCUGCACUCUCUGAAUGGUGUACAAAACAGAUUCCCAGUCCUUAGCAUUAUAUGACAUUUCUUAAUUUUCAUAACUGGAAUAAUUACAUCAUCACAAUGUUUUUCCAUAAGCCUCACUUGCAUGGGGGAUUUCCCCCCCC